AUGGCCCGCACGAAGCAGACGGCGCGCAAGUCGACGGGCGGCAAGGCGCCGCGGAAGCAGCUGGCCACUAAGGCGGCCCGCAAGAGCGCGCCGGCCACGGGCGGCGUGAAGAAGCCGCACCGCUACCGGCCCGGCACGGUGGCGCUGCGCGAGAUCCGGCGCUACCAGAAGUCCACCGAGCUGCUGAUCCGCAAGCUGCCGUUCCAGCGCCUGGUGCGCGAGAUCGCGCAGGACUUCAAGACCGACCUGCGCUUCCAGAGCUCGGCCGUCAUGGCGCUGCAGGAGGCGUGCGAGGCCUACCUCGUCGGCCUCUUCGAGGACACCAACCUGUGCGCCAUCCACGCCAAGCGCGUCACCAUCAUGCCCAAGGACAUCCAGCUCGCGCGCCGCAUCCGCGGGGAGCGGGCCUAAGACCUCGGCCGUGAGCUCAC